AUGAGAGCUCUUGCUGGGGACUUGGUCAGACAGGUGUCUGUCAAACUCAGCCCAUUUGUCUCUGAGAGUCAACUCUCCACCAUGUCCAUGACAGAUCUGUCAUCAUCUUUUUCUGACUCCACCUUGAAGCAGUUGUGUUCUCGCUCUGCUGUUGCUCUGGCAACUGCCUGUCAAGCAAUCAAAACAGAGCUCGAGAACCAGAGACCUACCAACCUGGCAGCCAGAGACCUACUAUCGUCUCUGGUAGAGACCAUUGAGGACAUGGAUAUCUCUGACAUCCUCCAGGGCCCGUCGGCCAUUUUGGAGGAGGCUGCUGUGAUAAAGCACCCAGAGAUGUCCACCUCGACAAUAUACAGAUCUCUGCUUCUCGACUCAUCUCUCGCCUCCUCUAAGAUGGUCACUGAGAGCAUUAUCUUCAACAACCCAUGCCCAUCAGAGGAGAAUGUGAGUAUUCAGAAGGAGCUCCCUGCUGAUAAAGUUGACAUCCUCCAUGGUCAACCAGUGGAGGAGUAUAUUGUCAAAGCUGAGCAAUGCAUCACUCAGGUCAUUCAGGAUGCAGCUGUGACAUAUACUGCUGCGCUGGAUAAAACCGACACUUGUGGGAAACUGUCGGAAAUCCUAUCUGUCCAUGUUUCCUCAGAGAAUAUUGAGGAGGCAUCCUCUGAUCUCUUUGGUGGAAUUAUUUCCGACCUGCAUGAGGUAUCUGAGGUCAAUAAGGCCUCCAUGCGAAGCUGUUCACCUCCCACCAUCUCACUGAGGGAAAAGAAUACUCCUGUGCAAAUCGAGCUUUCUGCAACUGGACUUCUUGUAACUGAGGCCACUGUGCAGGAAUCUCCUGUAACUGAGGCCACUUUGGCAGUGUCUCCUGUAAAGAAGACAGACAGUAAGACCCCUUCUAAGUUCUCAGCCUCAGCCCACCAGCUCACCCUCGACACCUGCACUAAAGGGGUAAUCAAACAGGUGAUCUCGGUGCUGAGGGUGGACACUUCAAAGGAAGACUGCUCCGCUUCCGUUGGGGAGAGCACGUCAAAUUCAUCCUUCGACUUCAACCAGAAGUUGGACUCGAUAAUUUCGAAAUUGGAGGACCUCUCCAUUUCGAGUGAUGUGACGUCAGCCGAGAUUGCCACACUCACGCGAUCUCUUAGUGCAGCCAGCAGAACCUCUAACAUUUCCAUCCAGAGCUUUCACAGUGCUGAGUUCCGAGCUAAGGCCAAACACAUUGUGAGUGAGACCAUUCUCAGAGCUGCUAGCAAAGCCAGCCAUUCUUUGCUACAGAGCAUGCCUAGCACCACCUUCUCACACCAUGCGGUUUCUACAGCCGAAGAUAUAGUAAAUAUUAUCAUGCAAGACCUUGAAAGUGUAUCCCAGUACACUGUGGACGACGCAGACUCCUUCCCACUAGGAGAGAAAAAGCUGGAGUUCCAGCUCAAACCCAGAGUUGUCUUUGACAACUUAUUGGAUGCUGCUCAAACCAUGUACCACAGAGUAAAGGAUAGACUGAACAUCUUUUUCUCUUUUCCACCAGUGUCAGUCACCACAGCCAAAUAUGUGCUGGACUCCACCCCUGUGGAGACACUCAGACGUUCUAAGUCCGCUGACACUGCUCUUGUUGAGGACAGGAGCCGCCCUCCGUCUGUGAGAAGUGAGAAGCCUUUGUCAAAAGUCUGUUUGGCUAAAAGGUCUAAAACCCUUCUGUCUUCGAGUGGCUCUUCAACAGACCACCAUGUAAUUGACACAUGCAGUGAGGAUGUCACUCUGCCCACCAGGAGUAUGUCAGUUGUGAGCAACAACAGUUUGAAGAGAGCCUCUCCUCUCCACGGCAGUGGAUUGAGUGAAAGUUGCAAACCUCUUGUGGCUCUAAAAGACGUAACAGUGGCAGUCAGCCAAGAAGGCUUUAGCAAAACUGCAAAGAAGACGCUCAGCUUGAUCCUAAAUGUGAUCAAGUGUAGAGUGGCCAACUCUGAGAGUUCAUCUGUUGGGCAGAUUGCAAGUGAGGAGUGUCUGAUAGCCACUAACAUGUUAGACUCUGUACUGGAGAGCCUUGACCAGUUGCCUGACAUGAGCGCUGCCGAUGAGAUCACAAGGACAGAAUCCCAUACCUCUAUCGCAAUGGACGAGACAGGUUCACGGUCAACGCUUGUGAGCCAACAAGAAAUAAACAUAUCUGACACCAAUAUCAUAGUGAAAACUAUAAUGGACACAUUGAAGACGGACGACCCAGAGAUGACUUCAGCAGAAGAACAUCUGGAUAGGCUCCUGUCAGUUGAAGCCCUUCAAGGUGCAUCUGGCAACCUGAUCACAAAGGUCCAUGGUCUCAUUCAGGAGAUAACCAUAAACCGCCAGCUUCAAUCCAUGGUUGGCCACAGAAGCCUCUCUCAACCAGCGCUGCCUAAACCAGCCCUGAGGAAGCUGUCAAAGGACGAUGCCUCAGAGCUCAUUUACAACUUUGCCCAGACUUCUGUUAGGAGACUCCUGGGGCAGUGUAUGGGAAGGCCUAUGCCACCAUCGGCUGAAAUGGUUUUGGAUCAGGUCAUCAAGUUGAUGACAGACGUGGUGAUGGACAGCCUGACUUAUGUGUCCAAGUCUACAAUGGAGGAUGUUAUUGUACACAGGUCGGUCACACUAGCGUGCUCUUCUCACUCAGACACCAGCAAUGCCACAAGUGACAUCACUCAUGGUGUUGUAGCUGACCUUAAUGCUACUGAGGAAUUCCCUGCCAGGAGCCUUAGCCCGGCUGAUGUAAAGGCUGACGGCAUGGCCCGCCUUCCCUCUGCCAGAGGGGAAGAGACUAAGAAGAACAGGAAGUGGCGUUUCCUACCGAAAAUGCAUAAGUUUCCAAAGAUCAUGAUUAAGCUGUUCAAGACAAAAGGGGAACCGAAGAGCCACCCUAAACAGGAUGCACUGCCUACCAAACGUCUCAGAGAGACUCAUAUUUCACAGGAUGCUGAGUGUGAGGUUCCAGAUUUUCCAUCCACUCCCCCCUCCCAAGGAGGACCUGACAACCACACCGGCCCCUGCUCCCCAGGAGUCCCAGUCCCGUAA